AUGGAGAGAAGCGAGACAAACAAUCUUGUUCAACAAACAAAUUCGUCAGCAGACUCUUCUCGUUGUGAUUGCAUUAUUUUAGAAUCAUCAUCAACAUAUCUUACAUCCGAAGAAAAUAUGUUAUCAUCUUCUCCGAGUAGUGGAAGAAAAAAGCAUGAGCCAAUAAUCCCGAAACCAUUGUUCUACGUGAGCCUUGCUGUAACAAUUCUUGGUGCUCUGGUUAUCGUAUUCAGAUCAUACAAUAUCUCUAGAGAAUUUGUUCAAUAUGGAAAUAUUUUCUUCCCUUUGAGACUAAGAGAAGGGUGGUUUAUGGGCAUGUUACAGGAUUUGACAGAUCCACAAUGGAGCAGCUUUCGUCAAUUCAUACCAAUGCUUUUAAUAGGAGCAGUGAUUUUUGUGUCCAUUUCUAGAGUGAUCAGACACAUUGUAUUUCCAACUAAUUUUAAACCAUUAUUAAUUUAUAAUGUAAUAUUUUCUGCUGGAUUUACAUACUUUCUGUAUGGAAAUUGUACAAUUUUUCUGAUAGCAGUUUCUCUUUUUAAUUAUGGAAUUGGGAAAAUAUUCAAGAAAAGCAAACUCAAUGAUUUAUUUUCUUGGCUUUUUAAUUUAUCGAUUUUAUUCACAAGCAAAUACUAUGAUGGAUAUAGGUUUUACAAUUUCUACUUACCAUCCUACUUGGAAGAUAAUAGAGGAGUUCUUAGUUGGGAAACUUAUUUUAAUAUCAUGUUUUGUAGACUUAUUAGUUACAAUAUGGACUAUGCUGAGCAGCUUAGAAAAGUAGUUUCAGACAAUAUCUCUAUUAAGAAAGAUGAAGAAAAGUGGUCUGAAUAUCGUCAACGACAAGAAUCAACAUUGAACAUUGAAACAGAUUUUAAUUUAUUACACUAUUUUGCCUAUCUUUUCUAUGUGCCAUUAUUUGUGGGAGGUCCAGUAUGCAGCUACACAGCAUUUAUAUCCUAUGUUAAAUAUUCAACACAAAAAGAGCUUUCGUAUAAGCAAUUAAUAUGGCACACCAUCCGAUUGAUAUCCUACAUUGUAUUGCUGGAAAUUUAUCUUCAUGUAUUUUAUACUGUUGGAUUUAACGACAAGGGCCUGUGGAAAUCUAACGCAUGGGCUGGACCUCAAGCCAGUCUCUCUCCAUUUGAUGUAGGAUGUGUUGGUAUAUCUACUCUUACGUUUAUGUAUAUGAAAUUCUUAAUCAUUUGGAGACUUUUUAGAUUAUGGUCACUUUGGGAUGGAAUUAAUCCUCCAGAAAAUAUGAACAGAUGUGUGAACAAUAAUUAUUUAGUAUCAGAUUUUUGGAGAUCAUGGCAUAGAUCUUUGUACUUGUGGAUUUUAAAGUAUCUUUACAUUCCACUUGGAGGAAGCAAAUCCAAAGUUUGGAGCGUAUGGAUUAUUUUCACAUUUAUUGCAUUGUGGCACGAUUUAUGGUGGCGAUGGUUAGCAUGGGCUUGGAUUAAUUGCUGCUUGAUCAUUUUGGAGGCCGUCAUCAUGUUCUUUGUGCUUCCAAAAAUCAAAUGGUUAGAAAGUUUGAGAACAAAUAACAAGUACAUGUUUGCAGUUCUGUGUGGAUUUGGAGGAGCGGUGAGCAUUAUUACCUUAGUCAUUGCCAAUCUCGCAAUCAUGCAUGGAUUUACCGACACUCCUCUCUUCAUUCACCAAUUGUUCUGGCAAUCUGGAGGAUUUGUUUUCUUGUCCAUUACUCUUUUCUUUUUGACAUUUGUUGUCAUGGUAAUGAUUCAUGUUAGAGAUGUUGAAAAGGUAAAAGGAGAGAACACAAUGCCAGGUAAACUUGCAGGAUUACUCAGUCAAUGGGAAAAUAAAUCACAAGAAGCAAACAACUCAUCGGUGCCUGUUAAAAAGCCAGUCUCCACAACCACCACAUCAACCUCUGUGAAAAAGGAAGAACCAAAAACCACAGCACCACCCACACAAGAACCACAGAAGGUUGCCACUCCCCCAUCUGCCACUUCGUCAACAAGUGUUCCUCCACCAAAGAAAUCAGAUAUUUCAACAACACAACCCACAACAACAGCUUCUGCAGUACCACCUCCCUCUGACAAAUCAGCUCCAAAGACACAAACAUCAUCACAGGAACCACAGAAGGUUGCCACUCCUCCUACUGCAACUAGCACCACACCAUCUGUAGCACUGAAAUCUUCUGGUGCUUCCAAAUUGUCUACCGAGGAUGUGUUGGAUCCCGAAUAUUUGAAAAAGUUGGAAGCGUUUGUUGUUGCUAUUGAGAAGCAAGUUGAUCGAUUGGAAACAUUGGCUAAAAAGUAA